AUGUCCGCGCCUCGAGCUCGCCGUCUACCUGUGUCCUGUGAGCCGUGUCGCGUCCGCAAAAUCCGAUGUACUCGCGAUGCCGCGCCGUGCUCUACCUGUCAAAGACGCGGUGUCGCCGAUGAAUGUCGGUAUGCCGCACGGCCCAGGCCUCCGCGACAUGACAGCAACGCCUACACCAUCGCACCCAUUUCGCCACUCUCGAGUGGUGCGUCGAACGCCGCAUCCGGCCACGGCAGCAUCGAGCUCGCGGACCGAGUGAGGAAGUUGGAGCAGCUACUGCAGGCUCAAUCCCAUGCUCCCUGUCAACAGCCAAGUUCCGAAGACGCUCUGGACGAUUUGCGUGGCGUACUUCGAACGACCGCGUCUAGCCAUUAUUCACUGACGUCGGUUGGGCUAGACUUACUUCUCAUCUUUCGCUUCCCUCUUCCAUAUUCUGCACGAUCCGACCUUCCACGAGGAGUACGCCACAUUCCUAGACGAUCCGGAGUCAAUCUCGCUGGCUUGGCUGGCUCUCCUGUAUGCCAUCCUUGCAAUCGCAUGCAUAGCUCUCCCGGCCGACGACCAGCUGCUACGCGAUUUGAGCCGGGAACGAAGCGCCUCCCGGAAGAUGUCAGAUCUCUGCCAGCGAUACCGUGCCAUGGCUCUAAGAUGCCUCGAAGAGGACAACUACUUCUGGAACCACAGCGUGACUACGUUGCAAGCCCUGGUUAUCCUCAUAUAUGGCAUUGGUCAUACCCAUGGCCCGACGUGGACGCUACUAGGUCUCGCCCACCACCUCGCAUUGAGCAUCGGAUGCCACGUCGAUCCAGAAUUACUUGGCUUAGAUACGCUCAAGUCGGAAGAACGCCGGAGAUGCUGGGCAGGUCUCAUGAUGCUAUACACGUCCCAAGAUACCUCGCUAGGCACAUAGGACUUCCGCAUACUGCCCUCCGUAGCAAUGCCCAACCCCCGGCGGACGUGAACGAUGGAGAUCUCAACGCUGGCAUUCCAAGCACAUCCGGGAAAGCGACACAAAUGACCUACCUGCUUCUGAAGUUCCGUCUGUACGAUAUUUGCUCCGCGAUCUGCGACAAGGUGCUUGCGGUUGCUGCCCCCCAGCUUGAUACCAUCUGGAGUAUUGACGCACUAAUCCAGCAAGAGCGAAGGUCGCUAGAACUACGAUACUCUCAUGACACGCGAGCGUCGACGCUACCCAUACAUCAUCAGGCGCACGUCAACAUCCUUCGUCUGUACAGCAAUCAUCUGACUCUCCUCCUUCAUCACAAAUAUAGCAUGGGACGAGGCGCGGACCAUGCGCCUGUGCAGUGGUCUCGCCAGCGGUGCCUCGAGAGUGCCAGACAGCUGCUCGCCGGCUACCAGGCAUUGAACGAAUCGCCAGAUUUGGCGCCAUUUCGAUGGUAUGCGCGCGGACUGGGUAGCUUUCACGCUUUUCACGCAGCCACUGCGCUAUUGGCAAACUUGCCAAACGACGGCGAAGGCCACGACCAAGACUACCAAGUGCUCCACGCUACCUUGGAGACCUUCGACGGCAUGGUUGAGAUGAGCAGUAUUUGUGCAAAGGCGGCUCCAGCACUGCGCUACUUUCUGUGA